UUGUACACAUGUGAUCAAUGCAGUAAAACGCUUUUGAGUGCUUCAGACCUGAAGGAACACCUGAGAGUUCAUACAAUGGAGAAGCCACAUUCAUGUCAUUUGUAUGGAAAGAGUUUUUUAUGUUUACAAAGUUUGAAAGAACACCAGACAAUGCAUACUGUUAUGAGAGAGUACAUGUGCUUUGAGUGUGAAAAGACUUUUACUACAGCAAAAUGUUUAAAACGGCACCAGAGGAUUCACACUGGAGAAAAACCUUACAAGUGUUCACACUGUGACAAGAGAUUCAGUGGGUCAGAAUAUCUGAAAAUACAUGAGAGGAUCCACACUGGAGAGAAGCCACAUGCAUGUGAUCAUUGUGGGAAGAGCUUCAGACUAAAAGGGACCCUUAACGAUCACGUGAAAAUCCACACCGGAGAGAAGCCGCACACAUGUGCUCAGUGUGGGAAGAGUUUUACACAAAAAGGAAACCUUAACAAACACGUGAAAAUCCACACUGGAGAAAAGCCGUACUCAUGUGAUCAGUGCGGAAAGAGUUUCAGAAUAUCAAGUGUUUUUAAAGUUCAUCUGCGUACUCAUUCUAGAAAAAGACAAUAUAACUGUGACCAUUGUGGUAAACGUUUUUUUACGGCAAGUGCCCUGAAGAAGCACCUGAAAAUUCAUACAAAGGAAAAGCCUCAUGCGUGUUCUUUGUGUGGAAAGUGUUUUAGCCAAUUUGCUGCUUUAAAAUAUCACCAGAAAAGACACAGCGGUGUGAAGGAUCAUGCUUGCUCUGAGUGUGGGAAGACUUUUUUUACAUAUGGUGCACUGAAAGUGCACAAGACCGUUCACACUACAGAAACACCUUACAAGUGUUCACACUGUGACAAGAGAUUCAAACGGUCAGAAUAUCUGAAAAUACAUGAGAGGAUCCACACUGGAGAGAAGCCACAUGCAUGUGAUCAUUGUGGGAAGAGCUUCAGACUAAAAGGGACCCUUAACGAUCACGUGAAAAUCCACACCGGAGAGAAGCCGCACACAUGUGCUCAGUGUGGGAAGAGUUUUACACAAAAAGGAAACCUUAACAAACACGUGAAAAUCCACACUGGAGAAAAGCCGUACUCAUGUGAUCAGUGCGGAAAGAGUUUCAGAAUAUCAAGUGUUUUUAAAGUUCAUCUGCGUACUCAUUCUAGAAAAAGACAAUAUAACUGUGACCAUUGUGGUAAACGUUUUUUUACGGCAAGUGCCCUGAAGAAGCACCUGAAAAUUCAUACAAAGGAAAAGGAUUCACACUGGAGAGAAACCAUCUCCAGUGUGGAGCAGCAUCUCUCUCACAUGAUGGACGCUCUGCUGCAGCACUCAGACCUGAUGAUGAAGGAUGAAGCUUUACUUCUUGAAGAUCUGGAGAGAUGA